AUGGUUGCAGUGCCACAAAUCAAUGAUCUUGUUGCCUAUCAGCAACUUAUCAAAGAGAAAAAGAAGGUUGCCAUUUUUUAUUGGGCUGCGUGGUCCGGUCCCAGCAGACUCGUUACCCCUACUUUUCACAAGCACCACCACGAAGAGUUCCCUGAUAUUACUUUCAUAACAGUUGACAUGGAUCAAGCUACCGAAAUCCUUGAGUCCGAAGAGAUUAGAGUGGCGCCUACUUUUCGUUUCUUCUGUAAUGGUCAGAAGGUCGGUGAAGUUUUUGGUGCCAAUACCAAUGAGCUCCAAAAACGUCUUCAGGAAUUGAACAACUAUUAG